CUUAAACGAAAGUCAAUUCACAGGCUUGAAAUUUGCAUAGAUCAAUUAUGUUUUGUACUUAAAUCAAUUGUUAAUAUUAGGGUUUGUGGAGGUUCGAACAAACGACAACAUGGCCAAACCAGCACAAUACCAUGUAAAGAACUAAUUUGGUCUCAAUGGUGGUUUGGAUGAAGAAUUUUAACGGAUCAAUUUAACCAAAUUGUUCCAUUUUGAGACAAUUGGACCAAAUUGACUCAUUUGACAGCAUAAAAUUUGGAUGAAUCAAUUUCUCCUACUAAAGAAUUUUGAAUUGACUUUUUUUUUUUGCCAAUCGAUCACUCUUAAAAAGAGGAAAAUCCAUGAUCCCAGAUUACAAAGAACCUAUCGACUAUUGAACCAUAAAACAUAGUCAAACCCCCUAUGAAAGCGAGGUGACAACAACAGAGCAUGACGAGCUACUGAAUGAGCCACUCUGUUUCUAGUACGACCUACAAAAUGAACUUGAAAUCCAGGAGAUUCUUCCAAAAUAGAGCAAAUUUCUUGAAGGAUUGAUCCUGCCCUUGCAUCCGACACAUCACGAUUACGACACUUAUCAAUCAAAACUUUUGCAUCACCACCAAUAUUGAUGAAUUGACUCGUUUUGAGACAAUUGCAAUUGUCUGGGUGGAACGGAUAAUUCGAAUUGACUAAAACCACAAAUCAAAUUGUCUUAAUUAUGUCCAUUGAGCCUUCCCGUAUAAUUACAGCAUGGGUAUUAUCUUAUGAGCAACUAAAUGGGCUUAAACUAGUAAUCCGGGAGUGGUUUAAAUGGGCCUGAACCGGAAGAUGCGCUCCGCAGAAGGUUUGUCCCUUCAUCCUUCAGUUCACUAAACCCUAGUCUGCAGGAACUGCUUCUUGCUCCUCUGUCUUCGCCACUGAAUAGCUGCAAUCUUCGUUCUGUAACAGUUUACCGCUUCGUCGCGCAUUAUUCCCUGGUUAAUCUCCCAUCGCCGCCGGCUCCUCGACCUCUGAAUCGAGCUAUGGCUGCCAAUUACGAGUACGACGAAGCUGCCGGCCACUACGACGACCAGGCAGCUGCGCUCCGGCAGCAGGAAGUCGGAUACGACCCCAACUUCGUUCCCGAUUCCGUGAAAUCCUUCGUCGUCCACCUCUACCGCCACAUCAGGGAGAAGAAUGUCUACGAGAUCCACCAGAUGUACGAGACUUCGUUCCAGACGCUGUCCGAGAGGCUGUUCAAGGACACUCCGUGGCCUUCCGUCGACGCCGUGGCUCACUAUGUCGACAAUGACCAUGUCUUUUGUCUCCUGUACCGGGAGAUGUGGUUCCGCCACCUCUAUGCUCGCCUCUCCCCUACUCUCAAGCAGAGGAUCGACAGUUGGGACAAUUACUGCAGCCUCUUCCAGGUGGUGUUGCAUGGAGUGGUGAAUAUGCAGUUGCCCAAUCAGUGGCUGUGGGAUAUGGUGGAUGAGUUUGUUUACCAGUUCCAGAGCUUUUGCCAGUAUAGAGCUAAGAUGAAGAACAAGACUGAACAGGAGAUUGCUCUUCUGAGGCAAUUCGAUCAGGCAUGGAAUGUGUAUGGCGUGCUCAACUUCUUGCAAGCAUUGGUGGAAAAGUCGGCUAUAAUUCAGAUAUUGGAGCAAGAAAAGCAAGGUCUUGAGCAGUUCACUGCCACUGAUGGUUACGAUUACAGUGGAGGAAGUAAUGUUCUGAAGGUGUUGGGGUACUUCAGUAUGAUUGGUUUGUUGCGAGUUCACUGCCUUUUGGGAGAUUAUCAUGCUGGACUUAAGUGCUUGCAACCCAUUGACAUAAGUCAACAGGGCGUUUACACCAGUGUUAUAGGAAGCCACAUUGCUACCAUAUACCAUUAUGGUUUCGCAAGCCUGAUGCUAAGGAGGUAUGUAGAUGGUAUCCGUGAGUUCAACAAAAUUCUCUUGUACAUUUACAAGACCAAGCAAUAUCAUCAGAAGUCUCCACAGUAUGAACAAAUACUGAAGAAGAAUGAGCAAAUGUAUGCCCUGCUUGCAAUUUGCCUCUCAUUUUGCCCUCAAAUGAAGCUUGUCGAUGAGGCUGUAAAUGCUCAAUUACGCGAGAAAUAUGGUGAAAAGAUGGGUAAAUUGCAAAGAUAUGAUGAUGAGGCUUAUGGUGACAAACUGAGCAGAAGGCAAAGAUAUGCUGAUGAGGCAUUUGGUAUCUAUGAUGAACUCUUUUCAUAUGCAUGUCCCAAAUUCAUUACCCCUUCAGCUCCGAGUUUUGACGAGCCUCUCGUAAAUUACAACCAGGAUGCUUAUAGGCUGCAGUUGAAACUUUUCCUUUCUGAGGUGAGGCAGCAGGAGUUGUUAGUUGGCGCUCGAACCUUCCUUAAAGUAUACUCAACCAUAUCACUUGGGAAGCUUGCCAAUUAUUUGGACGUGGAUGAAUCCACGUUAAGGAUGACAUUGAUGACGUACAAGCACAAGACUCAUGCUGUUGAUUCUGAUGGAAAGAUUAUCUCCAAUGCCGAUGUCGACUUCUACAUUGAUGAUGAUAUGAUACGUGUUGUGAACUCCAAACCAGUGAAGCGAUUUGGCGAUUUCUUCUUGAGGCAAAUUGUAAAGCUUGAAGGAGUGAUCAACGACAUGGACCGGAUAAAGGUGGAGUCAGCCAAUUGACUGUUGCAUUUCUUUCAUCCGACCAGAUCAUGUAGUUCUACCAGACAUCGGCAGAGAUUUCGUUAUAUUCAUUCGCAUUUUGCGUAUGAAUCGUGUGUCGACGCUAGUGAAAAGCUGCAGCUCUAUAAGACUGGAAGAAGCACGCUGUCAAGACUUUGGAAUGGAUAGAUUAGAUCCUGUGUUUAGUUGCUGGCGGCAUGGUUUUCUUCCUCGUCUUGUUUGGGGUUGGUUUCAGUCAUUUGCUCCCAUUGGUCGAAAGACGCCGGAAUUUGGGUGAUGGAAGAUUUUGAUUUUUGAAUGAUAGUUUAUGUCAGCGUAACAAGAACAAUUCAUUUAUUCUUUUAUACAUGAAAGCUGGGUACACUUUAUUGGUCCAAAAGUUUGCUACUGUCUCAUUAUCUGUCGUUUAGUGUCCAACUUCAUACAGAAUUCCUCCCGCAAAAGCUUCGGUUGGCUUCCAAUAGAAAGCUCCUCUCCGACCUAGCAUUAUUGCCCGCUCUGACCCAACGUAACCUUACCUCUGCUCUGCUGCAACGAUCCAUCAGGCCACCAUGCUUUUCCCCUUCUGAUCAGACCACUCUACUGUACUUCUCCCUUUCACCUCCUCUUCGUAAAUGCUGGCGCACGUCAUCCCCCAUACCCCUUUGCACGACUGCUUGAACACGGCACCAGGCAUGCAUUGUACUGACCAGUCAACAACUUCACCAUUAUACACGUAAGAAGUGGUUCUUCUCUGGUUUUUGCCCUAUCACCUCAUUCUCACCUCCUACUGGAAUUGGAAUUGGAAUUCGAAUUGGGAUUCUUUCUCUCUCUCUGUUCCCAUAUUCCACCCACUCUCAGUUCUUCUUCUUCCACCAGCUCUCUUUUGUGCUCUUACCUCUUCUGCCUGCCUUUGCCAAUGAAAUUCUUCCUCUGGCCAAAAUCAUGCAUUCGCUAUGCUCUUCUGAAGAUGGAGAUAAGGAUGCCUGUGGACAUUUGAGAGGACAGUGUUGUUGGCUGUCGGUGAGUCGUUUCAGAAAAUGGAGGAGGGAGUCCAUGGAGGAGGAGGCGGCAGCGGAGGAGGAUUAGGAAGAGGUAGGAGAGGGCGGCAGCGGAAGAUUGGGGGUGGAGGUAAAGACGAGGGUUUUCUUUGUCUCCGUAUCAGCACCAAGAUGUAUGUUUGCUCAUUCUAACCAGAGAUUUCAUUGUUCCGUUCCAAUUGAUGCUUUGCUUUUUGCUGCACCGGCCGGUGAUCGCCAUUUAUCCUUCUUCUAGGAAGAAAAGAAGCUGAACCUGAGAAGGGGUGAAAAUAGCUCAAACACACGAAAGCGUUGUAUGAAUAUGAAGAAAGAAGAGCUCGCUGGAGGCCAAAGCCGGAUCCAUCUGCAAUAAUUCCACUACUGCAGCUCAUCACAUGGGCAACAAAGUUCUACCCAUCAGCAGCAAAGGCAAUGCUGCAUUGCCUCCACGGUUUCCUCUUCGUCGACGAGGAAUAUGAGAAGAGAGACGCCAAACCGGUCAAAGGGGAUAGCAAGACCAAUGUCAUUUCCAGGAUGAAGGAGCUCAUUAGAUGCCUGCAGCUACCAAAUCUGAGAAGAAUGGGAAGUUCCUUGGCCACAAGGUAGCAUCUUUUUAAUGUAUGAACAUUUUGGCCAAAAAUUAUGUGUUGUGUGUGUGAUCUUUUUAUAUCUCUGCCAGGUUCUACCCCAAUUUUGAAACCGAGGAGCCCUGAAAGCAAUACAACAGGAUUCAGACCUAAAGGAAAAAAAUGGUUCAGCUUGAGAUGGGAAGCUGAAAGCAGCUCCACUUGCUCGACACUGUCGUGACUUCUUGCCCAGGCAGGGGUGGACCCACGGGUGUUUAGGGGUGUCCCCGGACACCCCCUAAAUUUUGGGAAAAUGAUUAUCCAACCCCCGGUAGUAAUUUACGUAUUGACAAAAAAAUUAUAAUUGAUAGUCGGGGACACCCCUAAAUUUAAAAAAGUGAUUAUCCUACU